CGAAGCGGUGCGUUUCGAGUGCGAGAGUUCAGUGUCUUUUUAGUGCCCUGUUAUAUAUUAUAGUGUUUAGUAGAACGUUCGAACAGGAGAGCAAUGCUCACGAUGGAAACGGACCUUAAGGGGGGUAGUUUACAUGCGACGAUGCCUCCGCAUCACGGUUUACAAAGUUACGGUAUAGGCCAACCCGCGAUGCAUCAAUUGUCGCACCCCCAUCACCAAAUCCACCAUCAGCCGCAUCAGCAGCUUCAGGUGGCACCUCACCAGCAGACCAACGCGCCCCAUAACCAAGGCUCGCCGAAUAAUAACAAUAACACCUCCAAGGCGCAGAACAUGGAAAGGGUGAAACGACCAAUGAACGCUUUUAUGGUGUGGUCCAGAGGCCAGAGGAGAAAAAUGGCUCAGGAAAACCCUAAGAUGCACAACUCAGAGAUAUCAAAGCGAUUGGGGGCGGAGUGGAAGUUACUCAGUGAGUCUGAGAAACGGCCGUUUAUUGAUGAGGCCAAGAGACUGAGGGCCGUACAUAUGAAGGAGCAUCCGGAUUAUAAAUACAGGCCCAGGAGAAAGACAAAGACUUUACUUAAGAAGGAUAAGUAUCCUUUAGGAACUUCUAGCCUCCUCCCGUCGAGCACCGACAAUGCUCGAACGGCCGCCUCCGCUUUAAAUCAUCAACAAGUUACUGCUAGAGACAUGUACUCAAUGCCUAACGGUUACAUGCCUAAUGGAUACAUGAUGCACCAUGACCCGAGCUCCUACCAACAGCAGUACGGCGGAGCCAACUAUGCCCGUUACGACAUGGGUCAGAUGCAGCACCAAGCCUAUAUGAACGGCAGCUAUAGCUCUUACACCACCUUACCCCAAGGAUCUCCCUAUGGUCUGCAACAGGCCAGCUCCUCUCACAGCCCAUCAGGGUCAAGCAUAAAAUCGGAACCAGUCUCUCCUAGCUCUGGCCUGCACACACCAACCCCUGGGGGCAUUAAAAGGGAAUAUGUAAGUCAGCAACAACCCCCGCAGCAACAAGAUCUCAGACAAAUGAUCAGCAUGUACCUGCCGACGGACGGGUCGCAGCACUUACAGCAGCACCAUCAGUACAGUUCGUCUCCUGAUCCAGUAUCGAUGGCUCCUCAAGGGGGGCCCCUGGCCCCCCUGGCGCAUAUGUGAGAACCGCUUUUUGCGGCCCCCGAACUGGAGCUGCCGCACAUAUGAAACUUGUGAUGUACAGUUUUUCUUAGUUGUAAAUAGUGAUUUAUUGGUUUUUUUGAACAUGUCGAGAAUCGGAUCUUGUUUGUCUUUGUCUGUAAGUCUUUAUUUAUUUACCUUAUUUUAGUUUAGGUUUAUAAGCUACAAUAUUGUGAUGUAUGGGCAGAGCCUAUUAUAUAUUAUAUGAUACGGAACACAAUGAUAUUUUUAAUUAUAUCCAGGUCACACAAAUUGCAUUUUAAUAAUAUUUGAUAUAAAAACCAGAAGUAUGUUUAUCAAACUAGGUACAUGGAAAAAAUUUAAUUAAGCCUUACAGGCUUUGUUUAGUUAAGCUAUAAAAAUUAAACGUAGCUUAUAAAUCUAUCUUAUAUUUUUAAUGAACGUGUUUGAAGGAAGUUGUCUUUAAAGCAGUUGUCACUAGUUUACUUAAAGCUCCUCCUUAAAAACCUGAUACUAUAAUGAUCAUGGCUUCAACUAGAACAAUAAUUAAUUUUUUCACAUAAUUAUAUUGAGCCGAUGGUGAGUUAUCUUAUUUAAACUCUUGAAACAAGAUUGACAUUUUAAUUCAUAAAGAAAAGCUUCCUUCUAGGAAAGCAUCUUCCUUAUUAUUCAUUCACUCUACUUCCAAAAUAUGAAAUAUAUAUGUUUAGUAGCAAACUCUAACAAAUGGUAAAGGAAGAAAUAAGUUAUCUUAAGAUCAUGAUGCAAACUAUCUUGUUCAUUACACUUAAAAUGAGAAAUCUUGAGAUAUAAGGACAGAGAUAAUAAAUAAAUUUUCAGGACUUGAUUUGCUGAAACAAAGAUCUCAAUUAUGGUAUAAUUCUUCUUUAAUAUUUUUUUUCUUGUGUAAUAAACUUUUUAAUUAAGCUAAAUUAAUUAAAAAAAGUCAUUCAUGGUUUUCUACAAUACGGAUUUCUAAUCCAGAUUAAUCUUAAUUAUUAAAUAUUCAACCACAAAAUUUCUUUCAAA